CUCAACUAACCCCUACACGAAAGAAGCGGAGGAGAAAGUUGUCGCUAUCCUGAAAGAGAGGACGGAGAAGAAAGAGGCCAAAAAGAAGGCCCUGAUGGAAGAACAUGCGGCCAAGUUAGAGAAGAUAGAGGAGGAGAUGGCCAGAGAGAAGGAGAGGCUGAAGAAAGAGGUGGAGGAAAAAUUGAAGGAGGUAGAAGAGGAAGAUGAUGUGGACGACCAGCCACUGGAGAGAAGAAGGAGAUGGCGAAGAGGACAGUCCAGUGGGACUAAAGAGAUGAAAUGGAAAAGAAGAUUUCAGAAUGGGUUGCGAAUUUGUCUCUGGGAGAAGAAGAGGAAGUUUCGAUGUAUAUCCCCAGGGACGAACAGGAGGCAGCCGCACAGGAAUGGGAUGCAAACGAGGAUCCUUUAGGCUAUGGAAGACGAGAAGAGGAUGGAGUGGAAGUUCAGGAUGAUGAGGGAAAAGAAGAAGAGGGUAGAUGCAGCGAGCGAAGCGGCGAAGGAACUAGCUGAAGUGAGGAAGCUGAGGGAACAGUCAGCCGCACAGGUAGACCUCCAGCAGAAGAUGGAGGUCAUGGCACUGAACAUCGGGCGAUUAGCAAGGGCCCAGGAGGACCAAUAUGAGUUCAGUAGGAGACAAGAUCUGGCAGUGCGCUCGAUGCAACUGGGGUUUAGGGAUUUUGCGCGUGAGUUAGUAACGGCGAUAGGCUCAGAGGUGAAGAUUCGCCUCGAGAACAAUGAGCGUUAUUGUACGGGCGCCAUAGAGGGCGCCAAGCUGGCCGCUCCCAAGGAGGAGACACGACCCUGUAGGGAGCCUGUCAAGGUCAAGUUUCCUGAUUCCUACAGUGGGAAGAAGGAAGAGAACUUUGACAACUGGGAGGCCAACGUCAAGACCAAGACCCUCCGAGAGCAUCAGGGUCAUCUCAGGCAGGUCUUGGAGAAGUUGAGAGAAGCGAACUUCAAGAUCAAUGCGAAGAAGUGCGAAUGGGUGAAGACCCAAGUUUUGUACCUAGGCCAUGUCUUAGACGGAGAUGACGUCAAACCAGAAGACUGCAAGAUCGCAGCGAUUAGAGAUUGGCCUACACCGCGUACGUUGACAAAGUUGCGGUCGUUCUUAGGCCUAGCUAACUACUAUAGGAAGUUUGUGAGAAACUUCUCCACCAUCGCUGCGCCCCUUCGCAGAUUGCUAAAGAAAGAAGCGAUUUGGAAGUGGGACAAGGACUGCACGUCCGCCAUGAAGAAAUUGAAGCAGCCACUGAUAGAGCACCCAGUCCUUAAGGUAGAUGAUCCAUCCCUACCUUUCGUCGUCACUACUGACGCGAAACAGUACGGCAUAGGCGCUGUAGUACAGCAAGACGAUGGCAAUGGGUAUACGCCCGUAGCGUUCAUGUCCGCCAGAAUGCCUUCUGAGAAGGUAGCGACAUCUACCUAUGAGAGGGAACUCUACGCUCUCAGGCAAGCGUUAGACCACUGGAAGCACUACUUGCUUGGGAGGCACUUUAAAGUCUAUUCAGACCACGAGACAUUGAGGUGGCUGAAGACUCAGGCCAAGAUGACACCUAAGUUGACUAGGUGGGCCGCAGAGAUACACCAGUACGACUUUGAGCUCAAGCCAAUAAAAGGGAAGUACAAUGUGGUUGCGGACGCUCUAAGUAGGGGAGCAGACUACUUUGGAGCGAUAGUACACUAUCUGGAUAUAGGGAAAGACCUGCAACAGAAAAUUAGAGAGGCAUAAGCGCAGGACCCUAUUUACAGUGACUUUCUUAAGAAAGUAAGGGAGGCCCCAGAGACCGAGCCAGAUUACCGCACUACCGAGGGGUUGUUAUUCGAGAAGACUAAUGUAGUUGACCGACUGUGCAUUCCCAAUAGUGAGGAGAUCCGUAGUUUGAUCCUGGGGGAAUGUCACGAUAUAGAGGGACACUUCGGGUGGCAGAAGACUUUAGCUAACCUGAUACACGCGUACACUUGGCCAGGAAUGAAAAAUGGCUGCAUAG